UUCUCGAUACGCACGUGCACCGUCGGCAUAGUCGAUAUCCGACCAGCAUCCCAGAGUCGAAUGUUCGUUUCGCGUGUGUGUUGCUGCGCUAAACAGUUUUAUUUACUAAUUAAAAUGCCGAUGUGCGGUGCGGAGCGUUAAAUGUGCGUGGAAAAUGUCGAAUCCCGGCGGUAGCAGGAGGAACGGGGCCAUGAAGAUCAGGCUGACGCUUUUAUGUGCCCGUAACCUCGCCAGAAAAGAUCUGUUUCGCCUUCCUGACCCAUUUGCUAAGAUCACUGUUAACGGAUCGGGUCAAUGCCAUAGCACUGACACGUGUAAAGCUACCUUGGAUCCUAAGUGGAAUCAGUACUUUGACUUAUACAUCGGGAAGAACGAUGGCAUCACGAUAACAGUCUGGAAUCACAGAAAAGUACAUAAGAAACAAGGUGGAGGGUUUUUGGGUUGUGUCUGCAUAUUACCACACACGAUUCAAAGACUCAAGGAUUCAGGCUAUCAACGGUUGGACCUAUGCAAAGACUAUAUGGAAACUACAGACGUUGUGAAGGGCCAAAUAGUUGUAUCCAUGUUAUCUCGUGACGGUCACAAUGGCGCAGUGAGUAACACCGUCGGCCAUAACGCGGUGGUCGACGUUCUAGGAGAUCUGAGCUGUCCUACGGACUUACCGGAUGGAUGGGAAGAGAGAAGAACCGAAAGUGGUCGUCUCUACUAUGUAAAUCAUUAUACACGAACUACACAGUGGAUCCGUCCUAAUUCACGACCCGGUAACACGUUCAUAACAACGACACCAGAACCACCACCAGUGCCUUCGUCGGAGCCUACUUCACCAAGCGGAAGUGGUAGCCCCCCGACUACAAGGAACGAGAGUCCUCCUCGUCGUACACCGGAAUGGAAUGGAGAGAUUACACCGAGUAGAACACCGAGUAGAGAUAGCUCCGCUCAAAACACACCAAGAAAUACUCCAACCCAGCAACAUAACCAAAAUCAGAAUCAGCAGAAUGCCAGAAAUACGCCACCAGUCUCCUCGACCAGGGAACGUAGAACGCCGAGAAGUAGCGACGAGCAAAAUGGCAAUCAGAAUGUGAACAGAACGGAGAGGGUUUCCAAUGGCAGUCAAGCUAGAAGACCAAGUCGUACCAAUAGAAAUCGCAAUAGUAUAAUGGCUGGUAAUGAAAGAAGAAGCGAAAAUCAACCAUCGGAUCUGCCACGAGGUUACGAGAUGAGAAAAACACAGCAGGGUCAGGUUUACUUUUAUCACGUUCCAACCGGCGCAUCCACGUGGCACGAUCCAAGGAUACCCAGGGACUUGCCGGCUAAUGAGCUAGCUAAUGACUUGGGUCCGCUUCCUAGUGGAUGGGAAAUGCGUCAGACCCAGAGCGGUCGUGUUUAUUUUGUGGAUCACAAUAACAGGACGACACAAUUCACUGAUCCAAGACUGUCCAGUCAAAUAAUUAGCAAUCUGCUGAAAAGACAAAGUAAUGGCACGACCAAUCAAACAGCCGGAAACAUCAGUAGCACCACGCCUACUAGAACUGAAGCGCCUUGUACAGAAAGUACGGCCGCUCCUACGACUCCUUCGAAUCCAACGACAAAUCCGAAUCAAUCGAGAACCCGAGUGGAGGGUGCAAGUAAUAACAACACAACUACUGCCGAAAGCACUCCUUCCACUCAGAAUGGACAGACUGUCUCGGAUCUGCCAAAGGAAUUAAUGGAGAGUGAACUAUUGCCUAAAUAUAAAAGGGACUUGGUCGCGAAAUUAAAGUGCCUCAGGGCUGAAUUAAAUGCUCUUCAGCCACAGAGCGGACACUGCAGAUUGGAAGUUUCCAGGAAUGAGAUAUUCGAGGAGUCAUAUAGACUGAUAAUGAAGAUGCGCUCUAAAGACAUGCGUAAAAGACUUAUGGUGAAGUUUCGUGGUGAAGAAGGACUUGAUUAUGGUGGUGUUGCACGGGAGUGGCUAUAUCUCUUAUCUCAUGAGAUGCUGAAUCCCCAAUACGGCCUAUUUCAGUAUUCCAGAGAUGACAAUUACACGCUGCAAAUUAAUCCUGACUCUGGUAUCAAUCCGGAACACUUAUCCUACUUCCACUUUGCUGGAAGAAUCAUAGGGAUCGCUGUGUUUCAUGGACACCAUAUAGAUGGCGGAUUUACAACUCCGUUCUAUAAGAUGUUGCUCAAUAAAGCUAUUACGCUCAGUGAUAUAGAGGGUGUGGACCCUGAGUUACAUAGAAGUCUCACUUGGAUGCUAGAGAACAGCAUAGAUGGCGUUCUCGAUGCUGCGUUCUCCGUUGAACACAGCAGCUUCGGCGUCCUGAGGAAUCACGAGUUGAAACCUGGUGGCAAGGAGAUAUCCGUUACAGAAGAGAACAAGAGGGAGUACGUACGUCUCUACGUGAACUACCGUUUCAUGAGAGGCAUAGAGCAGCAGUUUCUGGCCUUGCAAAAGGGUUUUCACGAGCUAAUACCGCCUCAGCUACUUAGACCCUUCGACGAAAGGGAAUUGGAGCUGGUUAUAGGAGGUCUAGGUACCAUCGACAUCAACGACUGGAAGAUGCACACCAGGCUUAAGCAUUGCACCCCGGAAACACCUGUUGUCAAAUGGUUCUGGCAGAUCGUUGAGUCAUACGGGGAAGAAAUGCGUGCCAGGCUACUCCAGUUCGUUACUGGAAGUUCCAGGGUGCCGCUCCAGGGUUUCAAAGCGUUGCAAGGAUCAACCGGAGCCUCGGGACCACGUCUUUUCACGAUUCAUGCCGUUGACGCACCCAGUGAAAAUCUACCCAAAGCUCAUACCUGCUUCAACAGAAUAGACAUCCCGCAAAGUUACCCAAGCUACCAGAAGAUGUUGGACAAAUUGACACAGGCUGUCGAAGAGACUUGUGGCUUCGCGGUUGAAUAGUAGAUUUUCAGUUCCGACAGGAUAUUGUCGCUAAACAUUGAACUGGAAUCACUAUAUUUAGGACACGAUGUGAUACUAAACAGGUUUUCCUAAAACAAAAAUCCGCUGGAUUAUUUCCGUGGAUGGAAUUCGUGCCUUCGGUACGUGCAUAUCCAAAAUAGAAUCGAAUGUUAUUAUUAUCGUACCACAUGACGUGGCAUAGAAUUUUGUUUCUAUAUAAAAUGGGAAAACCACGCAAUUUUGAGCGGGUACUUCGCAUAGACGACAAAGAAACACAAUACUAAAAGCCCGUACAAACUCAAUUAUUUAAAGAGACUUUAUCGAUUCGAUGAUUUAUACUAGUAUAAAUCAUGAUCGACGAUCAAACCGAUAAAUUGCCAAUCGAUCGGAUCUUGUUCGAAGGCGUAUAAUUUUAAGUUAAUCGAACACUUUGAUAUUAGGAACGUUAGCGUACAAAAGAAGAAGAAAAUAGUCCAGAUAGAUUGAUUGACAUCGAACGAAGACACUAAAUGUAAAACACGCAUAACGCACCGACAGCACACAGUGUCAAAAUUCUCGACGAACGAUCUAAUUUUUUCCUUUUUGUUUAUUAAAAAAAAGUUAAAGGAAAUUUACUAAAAUAAUACUUAUUCUCGUUAUCAUAUUUCUCUCGUGAUAACUCUCUUUCUUCUGCCCUCCUUUCCCGCUUCAUACGUACAUGUAAUAUUAUUUUAUUCUUAUUCUUUUUAUUUUAUUUUAUCUUUUUUUCUAUUUCCUCUCGUCUAACGGCCUCGCGUUGGCCUCGCUCGUCGAGAAUUUUUUUUGUAUAAAUCCGAUUUUACAAUAUGGAAACGCUUGCUCGACAUGCACAGUCAAUUAUCUCUUCAUAUCAAAUCUAAACAAUGGCAUCUUAGAAUUUGUAGUAAUAAUAGUAAAGAUAAUAAUGAAUGAAAUCAGGGAAUCUUUUCAAUUUUCCCCUGGUGCAUCCAACGAAGAUAUACGUAUGAGCGCGUGCGUUGAAUAAUUGUAAAUACAUUAGGUAGAGAAGCUUAAUAUAAUUAAUGAAAUGUAGGAACAAGUAAUAAGAAAAUAGGCCUUUGCCAGAUAACGGUAACUGGAUAAGAAAGAGAAAAAAAAGGGAAAGAAAAAAAAUAAUUAAAUCCUACGGGAACUUGUACGAGCAUUAAGUGUAAUGGUCAGACGUGUAUACUAGCUUUAAUUUAUAUUAGUAUUUAAGGAAAGA